AUGGGAAAACUUAAUAAUAAAAAUAAUAAUAAUAAUAAUAACUGUAAUUUAUUUUUUAAAAUUUGGAGAAAUAUUAUAAUUAGAAAUGAAAUAAUACUUCAUUUAAGAUUAUAUAAUAAACAUUAUAAUAAAUUAUUUUCAUUCAAAUUAAAAGAUUUUAUAAAUUAUAAAUAUAAAAGUUAUUUAAAUAUUAUUAAAUUAUCAAUUGAAAAUAAUGAAACCUUAGUAAAAGGUAUGAUACCAAAUAAUAUUAAAGCAAUUAAAUUUUUUGAAGAAUUUAAUCAACCAAUUGAAAUUGGAGUUUUACCAUCAACUAUUAAAUAUAUUGAAUUUGGAAAUUCAUUUAAUCAAUCACUUAUUGGUAAUUGGUUACCAUUAAAUAUUGAAUAUUUAAAAUUUGGUAAAGAAUUUAAUCAAUCAAUCAAUCAAGAUAUUAACUUACCAAAUAAAUUAAAAUCAUUAAUAUUACCAAAUAAAUUAAUUGAAAAAUUGAAUGAAAAUUUUGAUUUUAAUUUUUCAAUUUCAUCAUCAUCGUCAUUUUCAAUUGAAAGAAGAUUUGAAUUUUUAUAUAGAUCAGAAUUAAAUAAAUUAAAAUUAAAAUCAAAUUUAAUCAUACCAAAAUCAAUAACAACUUUAAAAUUUGAUAGAUUAUUUAAUCAAAUUAUUAAACCAAAUGUAAUUCCAAAUAAUGUUUUAUCAAUUACAUUUGAUUUUUGUUUUAAUAGUUUAAUUGAAAUAAAUUCAUUACCAAUUAAAUUGGAGUUUAUUGAAUUUGGUGAAAAUUUUAAUCAAUCAUUUAAUUUUAAUGAAUUAAUAAAUUUAAAAACAAUUAUAUUUGGUAAAAAUUUUAAUAUAUCAUUUAAUGAUAAUGAUUGUAAAUUUCCACCAAAUUUAACAUCUUUAACAUUUAAAGAAAAUUUUAAUCAACCAAUACCAAGUGGUUACUUUUUAAAUUUACCAUUAAAAUCUUUAAAAUUUGGUGAAAAUUUUCAACAAUAUAUUGAUAAUAAAACUUUACCAAAAACAUUAACAUUUUUAGAUUUAUGUGAAUCUGGUAAUUUUAAAAAUUUAAAUUCAUUAAAUAAAUUAGAAAUUUUAAAAUUUGGUUUAAAAAAUAAUAAUAAUAAUAAUCAUAUAUUUCCAAAUAAUAAUAAAAUUAAAAUUUCAUUAAAUUUUAAUAAUAAUAAUAAUAAUAUUGAAAAUUUAAUACCAAAUUAUUUUAAAAUUAAAAUUUUAUCAUUUAAUGAUAAAUUUAAUUGUUUAAUUAAAAAAGGUAAUUUAUUUAAUCAUAAUAUUAAAGAAAUAUCAUUUGGUAAUAAAUUUAAUGAAAUUGUUGAAAUGGAUUCAUUACCAAAAAAUUUAAAAACAUUAUCAUUUGGUUUAAAUUUUAAUCAAAUUUUAAAUGAAAAUGAAUUACCAUUAAAUUUAAAAAAUUUAUCAUUUGGAUAUCAUUUUAAUAAACCAAUUAAAAUAAAUGUUAUACCAAUUACUUUAACAAAUUUAUCAUUUGAUUAUUAUUUUAAUCAACCAAUUGAAAAAGAUGUUUUACCUAUAAAUUUAACAAGUUUAUCAUUUGGAGCUUCAUUUAAUCAAUCAAUUGAAAAAGAUGUUUUACCAUGCAAUUUAACAAGUUUAUCAUUUGGUUAUUCAUUUAAUCAACCAGUUGAAAAAGAUGUACUACCAUAUAAUUUAAUUAAUUUAAAAUUUGGGUCAAAAUUUAAUCAACCAAUUGAAAAUGAUGUAUUACCAUAUAGUUUAAAAAGUUUAUCAUUUGGUUGCGACUUUAAUCAACCAAUUGAAAAAGGUGUAUUACCAUAUGAUUUAAUUAAUUUAUCAUUUGGUAGUAAAUUUAAUCAAUUUAUUGAAAUUGAUAUUUUACCAAAAACAUUAACAUCUUUAUACUUUGGUAGUAUGUUUAAUCAAAAAAUUGAAAUUAAUAUACUUCCAAAUAAUAUAACAUCACUAUCAUUUAGUAAUAUAAAUUAUAAUUUACAUUUUCCAAUUGGUUCAUUACCAUCCUCUUUAAAAAUUUUAACAAUUAAUUCAAUGCAAUUUGAUCAAGAUCUUUCAUUAUCAUUUAAUGAUUAUUUUACAAUUUCAUUUGAAACCUUUUAUAUUAAAAAACAAUCAAAUCUUUCAAAAAUUUUAAAUUCAAACUUUUUUAGUAAAUUUGUUCAAUUUUAUUUUUAA